AUGAGGUCGAUGAACGUCGUGCAAAUGUUUGCCGUUGUCGUCGCGCUAGUAGCUACUAGCUCCGCGGCUAGUAACAGCAGUCCCACGAUUGCCUCGGACAGAUCGUCAUCCGAGCUGAAGUUUCCUUUCUCAGCAGCCGAAAAGACCGACAACAACGAGAAACACUUCCUGCGCUCUCUCAAAGUUCCCGACAAGCCAGUGACCGAUGAAGAAGAAGAGCGAGUUAUCAACUUUUCCUUCUUGAAGAAUAUACAGAAGAAGCUACCUGGGACUGCUGCAUACAAGGCAGCAAAGGCUGCGAAAGCGGCCAAAGAGAAGGCGGCAAUUGUCGACGUGCUCAAGAUGUCGGAUAGCAGAAAAGACCUUCUUCAUUCGCUGUUCAGACAAUGGGACGCGGAGAAAAAGAAUCACGUGAACGUUGCUGACGAUGUUUUCAAGAUAAUGAAAGACCAUGGUUGGACUACAAAACAGGCCAACGAUAUUGGGGUAGAGUAUUUCUCUUUUCGCUCCAGUCUAUACGUCUAA